CUCAGGUACAUUUUUCAUGCGAUGACAAUCAAGAAGGAUGAGGACAGCUAAUCUUCUGUGCCGUCGAGGUACACCUCUUCGGGGGAUCUUAUCUCGAAAUUGUCAAGCACGUGCCCCUCUAACACGUUCCUUUGCGACGCCCACAUUCGACGCUUCGAACCCGCGAAUACCGCCCUACCUCAAGUUAGUCAAGAACUAUGAGAAGGUCAGAGAGGUACUGGGAAAGGGUGCUGCCCUUACCCUGGCUGAGAAGAUCCUCUACAGUCAUCUUGACAAUGUCGAAGAAUCACUUCUGACCAACACAAACGGAGGACGGAAUAUUCGAGGAACAGCGAAUCUUAAGUUAAAGCCUGACCGAGUUGCUAUGCAGGAUGCCUCCGCACAGAUGGCUCUUCUGCAGUUUAUGACUUGCAAUCUUCCUUCGACCGCUAUCCCGGCUAGCAUUCACUGCGACCACUUAAUUGUGGGCGAACGAGGCGCACAGGCCGACUUGGAAUCCGGAAUCAAGAUGAACCAAGAAGUUUUCGACUUCUUAGAAUCCGCCGCGAAGAAAUAUGGAAUCGAAUUCUGGCCUCCUGGUGCUGGUAUUAUCCACCAGAGUGUUCUAGAAAACUACGCUGCUCCCGGUUUGAUGAUGCUAGGUACCGACAGUCACACACCCAACGCUGGAGGUCUUUCCACCAUAGCAAUCGGUGUUGGUGGUGCCGAUGCUGUUGAGGCUCUCGUCGGUGCGCCAUGGGAACUUAAGGCUCCUCGUAUCCUGGGUGUAGAACUGAAGGGCAAACUUAGCGGCUGGGCUGCACCCAAGGACGUCAUUCUCAACCUCGCUGGACAACUGACUGUACGUGGCGGUACUGGAUUCAUCAUUGAGUAUUUCGGACCCGGCGUGGAGACUCUCAGCUGUACUGGCGCCUCAACUAUUUGUAAUAUGGGCGCCGAAGUUGGCGCUACGACUUCUAUCUUCCCCUUCAACCCUGCUCACGUUCGAUAUCUAGAGGCGACUCACCGACAUGACGUAGCGAGAGAGGCGAAGAAGUUCUCCGAUAUUGUCCAGCUAAAGGCCGAUGCUGAUGCUAAAUACGAUGAGGUCAUUACCAUCGAUUUAUCUAAGUUGGAACCUCAUAUCAACGGACCCUUCACCCCUGAUCUGUCUACGCCCCUAUCCCAGUUCAAGGAAACAGUAAAGGAGCAAAAUUGGCCCGACAAGCUAUCAGCAGGUCUGAUUGGAAGUUGUACAAACAGUUCAUACGAGGACAUGACGCGUGUAGAAAGCAUGGUUCGUGAGGCGAUAGAGGCGGGUUUAAAGCCUGCAUCCGAUUUCUAUAUAACACCGGGAAGUGACCAGAUCAGAGAAACUUUACGACGAGACGGUCCUCUCGACACAUUUAAAGAAGCUGGUGGUACCGUACUUUCGAACGCCUGCGGUCCUUGCAUUGGCCAAUGGAAACGACAUGACGACGUCGAAAAGGGAACCCCCAAUGCUGUAUUCACCUCAUAUAACCGUAAUUUCCGCGGCAGGAACGACGGAAACCCCGAUACCAUGAACUUCCUAGCAUCGCCUGAGAUCGUCACAGCCAUGACAUUCGCAGGCACUACCACUUUUAACCCUAUGACAGACUCACUCCCCACCCCAUCCGGCAAGGAAUUCAAAUUCUCACCUCCUUCCGGUCUCGAAAUCCCGUCUCAACCGUUCGAAGCUGCCCGAAAGGAGUUCCGACCCCUAACUCAAGCCCCCGACCCAUCUGUAAACGUAGCCAUCUCACCCACUUCGGAACGUCUUGCUCUUCUGGAGCCUUUCGAGCCCUUCCCCAACUCUGAGCUUACUGGUCUUCGCGUGCUAGUUAAAGUCACCGGCAAGUGCACGACGGACACUAUUUCCGCCGCCGGCCCUUGGCUGAAGUACAAGGGCCACCUGCCUAAUAUCAGCGAGAACACCCUCAACACGGCGAUUAAUGCCGAGACCGGCGAAGUCAACGUCGCAUACGACCUGGACGGCUCCAAGCACACGAUUCCCGAGCUGGGCAAGCGCUGGAAGGAGGCCGCGCAGCCGUGGCUCGUCGUUGCGGAGCACAACUACGGCGAGGGCAGCGCGCGAGAACACGCCGCGCUGCAGCCGCGGUAUCUAGGCGCCCGGAUCGUGCUGUGCAAGAGCUUUGCGCGCAUCCACGAGACGAACCUCAAGAAGCAGGGCGUCGUGCCGCUAACGUUCGCCGACGAAGCCGACUACGACAAGAUCGGCGCCGGCGACGAAGUGUCCACCGUCGGCCUGUACGAGAUGCUGCAGAACGGCGGCAAGGGCGAGGUCGCGCUUAAGGUGAAGAAGCAUAAGACUGGGGAGGAGCUGCUUGUCAAGACGAAGCACGCGGUUAGCAAGGACCAGGCGGGCUUUAUACUCGCGGGAAGCGCGUUGAAUUUAUUGUCGAAGAGGUGAUGUUGGUACAGUAGAUAUAUUGCUUGGCUCGACGAAUGAAUGCUUGAUGACGUAUAUAUGAUCUAUGCUCGUGUGAUGGUAGAUACUAUCCAACCUAAGGUACCUAGUAUAGAUAGACGGGUGUGUUGAGCGACGGGAUACGAAAAAUUGACCUAGUCCGGGUAUACAUAGAUGUAUAAAGCAAGAGAAAUAUAGACGCCUACCUAGGAGGUACCCAACCUAUAUGACAACGUGUCUAUCUCAUGAGAUCUUAAAGCUGUUUAACUAUUAUUAAAAGGUUGCUUUAGAAAGGAACUAUUAAAUAUAGCUGUUAUACUACCGGGUGGCUUUCUUACCUGUUAAUGCCGGAUGUACUUAAAUGACUGUAACUGUAACAGAGCAUGGAAAAUACA